GAAUUAAAUAGCAGCCUACAUAUACGGAAUCUUUAAGAAUGUUUAUACAACUUUUUUUGUAAGUUUAUAGAUAGUCUACGUUAAUUUAUUUUCGGGAUUUGUGUAUUAAUAUUCUAGAAUUGCAUAUAUUAUCAAAAGAAAACAAUAUUCAGUAUCAUUUUAAUAUGUACCUGUAAAAAAAUAAAAUGUUAAAUACACUACUUCUGGUAUUUUGUGCUGUUCAAUUGGAUUUAGGUGUAGGGCAUGAUUUUAAAGGCUUUGAUGAUACAAUUCUUUUCGGUAUAAAUUGGCCGGGUACUCCAGAGAAUAUUGAAAAUUUAAUAGAUGGAGAUGCUAAUAAAUUGGAGAACAAAGAAGUGUUAAAAGUCAAAACAUCAAUUAAUGAAAAUUAUGAGUGUCACAUACCAGAGGUGAGAGUGAAGGAGUCUACUGGUAUUGAAGAGUAUAAUGGGCCGACUCCUCUAAAUCUUCUGAAACCUAUAUUUUCUCAAAAGAUAUGUUCUUAUCGGUUAGAGAGUUAUUGGAGUUAUGAGGUGUGCCAUGGAAGGUACAUUAGACAGUACCAUGAGGAAAGAGAUGGUAAACAAGUCAAAACUCAGGAGUUUUAUCUUGGCCAUUGGAAUACGGCAAAGCAAGUCAAACUGGAGUCAGACAUCAAGGCUGCCCAAGAAACCAAAGAACUGCCAAAGACUACUAAAGUAGAGGGACUCAACUUGCCAUAUGUUGAAAUGGUAUUGGAUGAAGGUACAAUAUGUGAUCUCAGUGGGAAACCUCGUCUUACUCGAGUGUUGUAUGUUUGCUACGCACAUGGCAAACAUGAAGUGUACUCAUUCAAAGAGACAUCCACAUGUGAAUAUGAGAUAAUAAUUCUGUCGCCGCUGUUGUGUGAACACCCGCAGUUUAAACCGAGUGAUGUCACAGAGAACAACAUAAACUGUUACCCCGUGGAUGGUGCACCCAAGAAGCCAAGGAAUCUGUUGAAAAUGGAAGUGGACAGUUUGAGGUUCCAUCACCAGUCUGUUCGACUUUUGAAUAACGAUAAUGAGCCUAAGGAUAUACUUGCUGUAUUGAAAGUUGAAAAGAUCGAUAAGGAUGGCGAAACCCACCUGAAAUUCGAGUUGCAUCCGUUGAGUGAAGAUGAAGGUUUAACAGAUAGUGCCAAUAAAGUGAUGCCAGCUAUUGACAAGAUGUACCCAGUCAUUACAGAUGAUUCACCAGUUCGAGCGUUUCUUAACGGGGAGAAUUGUUUGCAUGGAGGCAGCGGUUGGUGGAAGUACGAGUUUUGUUAUGGGAAACAUGUGAUCCAGUAUCACGUGGAUCGCAACGGCGACAAGACUACGCUGUUAUUGGGAAAAUUUGAUGAGCAAGAACACCUUGAUUGGGUUAAGGCGAAUGUAGCAAGGAUGCCCAAACCCGUUGAAUACCGAACAUCAGUAUCCCACUUUUAUUCAGACGGCGAUGUUUGCGACAAGACUGGUAGGCCUCGCCAGACAGAAGUGAAGCUGAAAUGUUUGGAGAACUCGUCGAGUCCUGCUCAUGUGUCACUUUAUUUGCUGGAACCUAGGACCUGCCAUUACAUACUAGGGGUCGAAACGCCACUAAUAUGUGAUAUUUUGCCAUUAGCAGACGAGAAUGGUUUAAUAAAGCAGGUAAAACCACUUGGAACUAAACAAGAAUCGGUUGUUGACAAAGACGAUACUGCAAGUACUGAAAAAACACAUGAAGAUGUAAAGAAGUUUGGUAAUGACUAGGAAAAUAAAUAUUUGUUUAAAAGUUA